CUCUCCGCUCUUUAGCUGUCUCUCUCCGCAAGCCUCACUUUCUCUCUUUUUCUCUCUCUAAACCCUAGUAGACGCUGUUUCUGGUUGCAGUUGAGAUCGAGCUAGGGUUUAGAUACCUUCAGUAUCAAUCUAAAUUCUCGAAUUUCGGGUUUCGGGUUGAAUUAUUGUCCAGUUAUUGAUUCUUGAUAUUCUGUUAAUGGAUCUCCCUAGCCUUGCUUUGAUCCUCCAAGCUGCUCUCAGCCCCAAUCCCGAUGAACGCAUAGCCGCCGAGCAAAGCCUUAAUCAGUUUCAAUACACGCCUCAGCAUCUGGUGAGGUUGCUGCAAAUCAUCGUGGACAAUAAUUGUGAUAUGGCGGUGCGGCAGGUUGCUAGUAUUCAUUUCAAGAACUUCAUUGCAAAGAACUGGGCACCUCAUGAACCUGAUGAGCAAUCAAAGAUAUCCCAAAGUGAUAAGGAUAUGGUGAGGGAUCACAUCCUUGUUUUUCUUGUGCAGGUUCCUCCUUUAUUAAGGGUACAGUUGGGCGAGUGCCUCAAGACAAUUAUCCAUGCUGACUACCCAGAGCAGUGGCCACGUCUUCUGGAUUGGAUCAAACAUAAUUUACAAGAUCAGCAAGUUUAUGGAGCUUUGUUUGUAUUGCGGAUUCUUUCUAGAAAAUAUGAGUUCAAGUCAGAUGAGGAGAGGACCCCUGUUUAUCGUAUUGUUCAGGAAACAUUCCCACAUCUUCUCAAUAUUUUCAACAGGCUUGUCCAGAUUGCAAAUCCUUCACUGGAAGUGGCAGAUUUGAUCAAGCUUAUUUGUAAAAUAUUCUGGUCAUCUAUAUAUCUGGAGAUUCCAAAGCUGUUAUUUGAUCCAAAUGUCUUCAGUGCUUGGAUGAUUCAUUUCUUAAAUGUUUUGGAGAGGCCUGUUCCUGUGGAAGGUCAGCCAGUAGAUCCUGAGCUCAGGAAGUCAUGGGGGUGGUGGAAGGUGAAGAAGUGGACAGUUCACAUUUUGAACAGGCUGUACACUCGAUUUGGAGAUUUAAAACUUCAAAACCAAGAAAACAGAGCUUUUGCCCAAAUGUUUCAGAAGAAUUAUGCAGGGAAGAUUUUGGAGUGCCACUUGAAUUUGUUGAAUGCGGUACGUGUUGGUGGAUAUUUGCCUGACAGAGUUACGAACCUAAUUCUGCAGUAUCUAAGUAACAGUAUAUCAAAGAAUAGCAUGUAUAAUCUCCUGCAACCUCGUCUUGAUGUCCUUCUUUUCGAGAUAGUCUUUCCUCUGAUGUGUUUCAAUGACAAUGAUCAAAAGCUUUGGGAUGAAGACCCUCAUGAAUAUGUUAGGAAAGGUUAUGAUAUUAUUGAGGAUUUGUACAGUCCGAGGACUGCUUCGAUGGAUUUUGUCAGUGAAUUGGUUAGAAAACGUGGGAAGGAGAACCUUCAAAAGUUUAUUCAGUUCAUUGUAGAAAUUUUUAAGAGGUAUGAUGAAGCACCAGUAGAAUAUAAACCCUAUCGACAAAAAGAUGGUGCUCUACUCGCUAUUGGAGCACUUUGUGAUAAACUGAAACAAACUGAACCCUACAAAUCUGAACUGGAGCGUAUGUUAGUGCAACAUGUUUUCCCUGAGUUUAGCAGCCCUGUUGGUCAUCUUAGAGCAAAGGCAGCUUGGGUUGCAGGACAAUAUGCCCACAUUAACUUCUCAGACCAGAGCAAUUUCCGUAAAGCCUUGCACAGUGUUGUUUCUGGGUUACGAGAUCUGGAGCUUCCUGUCCGUAUUGAUUCAGUUUUUGCAUUGCGAAGCUUUGUUGAAGCUUGCAAGGAAUUAAAUGAAAUCCGCCCUAUUCUUCCUCAACUGCUAGAUGAGUUCUUUAAACUAAUGAAUGAGGUGGAGAAUGAGGACUUAGUUUUUACUCUGGAAACUAUAGUGGACAAAUUUGGAGAGGAGAUGGCACCUUAUGCUCUAGGUUUAUGCCAGAAUUUGGCUGCUGCAUUUUGGAGGUGUAUGAACACUGCUGAAGCUGAGGAUGAAGCUGAUGAUCCUGGUGCUUUGGCAGCGGUUGGUUGUUUACGAGCUAUAAGCACAAUUCUUGAAUCAGUUAGCAGGCUUCCUCAUCUUUUUGUCCAGAUUGAACCUACUUUGCUUCCUAUAAUGCGAAGAAUGUUGACGACUGAUGGUCAAGAGGUGUUUGAAGAAGUACUGGAAAUUGUUUCAUACAUGACCUUUUUCUCUCCAACAAUAUCUCUGGAUAUGUGGAGUCUUUGGCCUUUGAUGAUAGAAGCAUUGGCAGAUUGGGCUAUUGACUUCUUUCCAAAUAUUCUGGUUCCCUUGGACAACUACAUAUCAAGGGGAACUGCAAAUUUCCUCACAUGCAAGAAUCCAGAUUACCAACAAAGCCUUUGGACUAUGAUUUCAUCUAUCAUGGCUGAUAGAAAUUUGGAAGACAAUGAUAUUGAGCCGGCACCGAAGCUGAUUGAAGUUGUUUUCCAGAAUUGUAGAGGUCAAGUGGAUCAUUGGGUUGAGCCAUAUCUGAGAAUCACCGUUGAGCGGUUGCAUCGAGCAGAAAAAUCAUACUUGAAAUGUCUUCUCAUUCAAGUGAUUGCAGAUGCCCUUUAUUAUAAUGCAGCUUUGACGCUGAGCAUACUGCAAAAGCUUGGUGUUGCUGCUGAGAUUUUUAACCUUUGGUUCCAGAUGUUGCAACAAGUGAAAAAAAGUGGUGCACGGGCUAAUUUUAGAAGGGAGCAUGACAAGAAAGUUUGUUGCUUGGGGUUGACAUCACUACUUUCACUUCCUGCAAAUCAAUUACCAGGAGAGGCCUUGGAGCGUGUUUUCAGGACCACUCUUGAUCUUCUAGUUGCAUACAAGGAUCAAGUUGCAGGUCUCUUUCUCACACUAACCCCUUCUCCUGCUGUCCUUGCAGAAACUGCAAAGGAAGAAGAGGCUGAAGUUGAUGAUGAUGAUAUGGAUGGUUUCCAAAGUGAUGAUGAAGAGGAUGAUGGGUCUGACAAGGACAUGGGAGUUGAUGCUGAGGAUGGGGAUGAAGCUGACAGCAUUAAACUUCAAAAAUUGGCUGCACAGGCAAAGGCUUUCCGUCCACAUGAUGAGGAUGAUGAGGACUCGGAUGAUGACUACAGCGAUGAUGAAGAGUUGCAAUCACCAAUUGACGAGGUGGAUCCUUUCGUUUUCUUUGUUGAUACUGUCAAAGCCAUUCAAGCAUCAGAUCCAUUGAGGUUCCAGAAUCUUACACAGACACUAGACUUCCAUCACCAAGCGCUUGCAAAUGGUGUUGCUCAGCAUGCUGAACAGAGGAGAGCAGAGAUCGAAAAGGAAAGAAUGGAGAAGGCAUCAGCUGCUGUUGCUUCAUAACUCAAAGUGGAUAUGAUGUGGCUCAAGUUUGCAUUGCUUUCACAUUCACUUCAUAUUCCAUUCAUUUAGGUUAUGUUAUGGAUGGAUGGAGAGUCAUUGCCAGUCUCUUAAGCGUAUUUAAUUGGUUCUAUGGUCAUGGAGAGGUCAGUAGGCCCUGAAGGGUUUUUCAUGUUAAGAUUAUUGGUUCAAUACAUGCCUCAGUUCCCAUACGCUUAGUGGAUUGUGGGAUGGAGAACUUUGUGCUGUAAUUCUGCCAUGGUUUUGUGCCAUUCAUUUUUUUCCGAGUCUGGCCGAUUCUAUGUCAGAAGAGGCCUUUCUCACCGAGUCUGUGAUGUUAUUUUACUUUUUUUUUUUUUUUUUUUUCCUUUUGGUCCUUUUUUUGUUGGGGGGAGUCUUGUGGUUUAUAGUGACGAUGUCUGUGUGGUUUGCCCACUGGCGAUAUUGGCAUGUUAUCCCCUGGACAUCGUGCUUUUUCGUGUUGUGAAAGUAACUAGGGCUUCAGGCGUGGAGUAUAAGGUUUGGUAAACGUCAGACGAAUGGAUAAAUCAUUUGGGAUGGUGGAUGGAUGUAAUGAUAUUUUUUUGGUAAAGGGUAGCAGAUAUUCUUUUUGCAAAUUUUGUAACGAGUAUAGUCUACGAAACACUAUGAAAAUAUUGGUUUAGUUUUGAGUUUUGGAGUUUUGGAUUUUUGGGUUUAUUGCCGGGGGGUUUCUAAGGGUAGCGUUUGCUACAGCUUGUAAAACAGUAGAUAUUCUUUUUAUAAUGUGGUUGAAUGAAGAGGUAGUAAUUGGUUUGUA